GCAGGGGUCUACAAGGGGGUCGCACAUAUGGUGCCGAAACCCGGGACGGAGGGUCGCUAGCCCCCCUAGCGACCCCCUCCCUCCAGCGACCUCCCCAGCCCUCCUCCAAUUCGGCCUCAGCACUCCGGACCAGGCUGGAUUGAAGCUUACCCCACAGCCUCUGAGUCUGCCGGGACAGUAGCCACUCAUCUCAUUCAAGACAUCAUCCCACGCUUUGGACUCCCGGCUACCAUACAGUCAGACAACGGCCCAGCCUUUAUCUUCAAAGUCACUAAUGCCGUUUCUACCUCUCUAGGAAUUCAGUGGAAGCUACACGCCGCCUACCAUCCUCAGUCCUCUGGUAAGGUGGAACGGGCCAAUGGCCUAAUAAAGGAGCAUCUGACCAAGCUCAUGCUUGAGCUCCGCCAAUCCUGGGUAACCUUGCUUCCUAUCGCCCUCACCAGGUUGAGAGCAAGCCCCCGGGGCCCAUCACAGCUUAGCCCGUUUGAGGUGCUGUAUGGUCGCCCCUUCCUACUUUCAACUCCCCCACCGCCAGAGACCACUCCUCUAGACAGCUACCUCCCCUACUUUACUCUCCUUUGCAGCCUUCUCCGAGAACACGCCAACGCUUCUCUUCCCCAACCCACCCAGCCAUCUGAAAAUACACAGAAAGUCUCCCCCGGGGACUCAGUUCUUAUCAGGUCCCUCUCCCCAAAGCCCCUCGCCCCCAAGUGGGAAGGACCAUACACAGUCCUCCUUACCACUCCAUCAGCUAUAAGAGUUGCUGAAAUCCCAUCUUGGGUCCACCUGUCUCGGGUAAAAAAGGCCCCUCAUGGACCCUCCUUAUGCUGGAAGGCUGUUCCUACUGGCCCUUUAUCUGUCAAACUUACCAGGGCCUAGCAGCUACACCCCCUACAGAUGGAGAUUCUUCCUAACUGAAAACUAUACCAAAACCACCUUCAUCUGUAAUACCCCUCCAUACAGCCACAACCAUCUUCUUGCAACUUCCGACUGCCCCGCAGCCGGAUGCCAAAGGGCCAUAUAUCUGAACUUCAUCAAAUUCCAUAACAUCCAUACUGAUAUACCCCUCAUGUGCUUCAACCAUGACCAACCAUCAGGAGCAUGCAAUAAUACUCCUUGGCGCUCCUGCAUGGGAUGUACUUUGAUGAACUGUCGACUACAUAUAGCCGUCAAGUCCACAGUACCUGCCCGAUCUCAGCUCAAAAUCAUCCCAGACAUAGAUGGAGAAGGAAACACCAUUAUCGGUUCUACACGGUAUUCCAUUCUCAUACCUGACCCCUGGGACAACCGGUGGAAAAGCCCCCAGAAAGCUGCCGUGUAUGACCACAAAGAUACCAAAUAUCCCUCUUCCCACCUGUACAUCUGGCGGGCAUACGUACGUACAGUCCACCAAGUCCACUCUGAUAUUAGCCUACAAGAAAAAUCUCUGAAUGACCAAUUGCAACCACAUUCGUCUCCGUUUUCCUGGUUAACUUUUCUCCAAGAAGGAAUCAAGUUAGCUAACCUCUCAGGACUAACUGACCUAACUUCAUGCCUCAUGUGUGCCUUCUUAGGACAGACUCCCUUCGUUGCAGUCCCUUACCCCAUCCCUCUCAACCUUUCAGCCUCAACUUCUUCCUUCUCCCCCGUCAGGGAAGUUGAUCUCUACACUCCACCUGAUUUUGAACAGCUACCUGUGUGCUAUUCCCUAGGCCGAAACUUCCCUAGCUGUAACAGAACUAUACUGGUAACCACUAAUAUAACAGCCCCACGAGGAACGUUUUUUUGGUGUAACAGGACCUUAACAAAAACUCUCUACAUUGGCCUUUCCUCAUCUCUUUUAUGCCUCCCAGUAACCCUAGUCCCUCGACUCACUAUAUAUUCUUCAGCCGAAUUCCAGAUGCUGCAAGCUCCCCAUCGCCGCACCCGACGAGCUGCCUUCCUACCCAUUGCCGUUGGAGUCUCCCUUGCUGGUUCAGCACUUGCAGCAGGAUUAGGGGGAGGGGCACUAGUCCACUCUCACCUGGCCAUAGCCCGACUGACCUCACAGCUCCAAGCGGCUAUUGAUGACUCUACUGAGUCUUUAGCAUCACUCCAACGACAGAUCACCUCAGUUGCCCAAGUUGCCUUGCAGAACCGAAGAGCCCUAGACCUGCUCACUGCUGAACGAGGAGGGACCUGUAUCUUCCUACAAGAAGAGUGCUGUUACUACAUCAAUGAAUCCGGCCUAGUAGAAACCCGAAUCGAGAGCCUCCAGAAACUCAAAACUAGCCUGCAGAGUCAGAAGUUCUCAGCUGAAGCCACAGCGUGGUGGUCUUCCUCUAUGUAUACCCUCUUGUCCCCAUUGCUUGGGCCCCUAGUAGCCGUUUGCCUAAUCUUACUUAUUGCUCCUUGCUUUCUACAGUUCAUACAGCGGUGCUUUCAAGAACUGACUCGAGUCACCAUCCACCAGAUGCUGCUCCAACCCCACCCUGAACGAGUGCAAGAAACAGACCUCUCCCUGAACAUCCAGGCUCCUUAAGAAAAGAGACCUCUUCAGAACCCCCCGUCGACCCUUGUCAGCAGGAAGUAGCCAGAUCGAUUCCGCCGCCCUUUUCCUUUUUAAGGAGUCGGGAAUGUUCGGUAGAAAGUCCCGCCAUCUUUCCCCCAGGUUUCUUGCCCCCACCCGCCCCCCAGGCUUCCUGCUGCCCGGAGAAAAGCCCGCCAAGCCUGCUCUGUUCUGCCCAGCAACAACAAGCAGCCAAUCAUCGCAGCAGGAAAGCCCGCCAAGCCUCGGCCUAUCCUGAACUGACACGUAACCCUCUGAGCCACCUCAGCAGUCUGCCCAGAGACGGACAGCCUAUCCUAAGCUCCUACGACACUCCGCCAGCCCUGUGUCCACGCCCCGUCCACCCCCCCUAUAAAACCCUCCUACCCCAGCUGCGCAGUCGCAGCCAGCCCCGAUCUCCUUCCUUUCCUGGCCUGCCCGCUGGUCCCAAUAAACCUGAACUCGGC